AUGCCUCGCCAGCGCUCCGGAGGCCGCCCGACCGUGUCUCGGGCACCCCCCAAGGCCCCGGCCCAGCAGCAGACCCGCCCGGCCUCGUACGCCGCCCACCCCGCGGGUCCGGCUCGGGCUCCCCAUGCUGCGCCUCCCGCUGCCGCUGCCGGUCCUGCUUCCCAGGGCCCCGGCCUGUUCGGCCAGAUGGCCAGCACGGCGGCCGGUGUCGCCAUCGGCUCGACCGUCGGCCACGCCGUGAGCGGCAUGCUUUUCGGCGGCGGCUCCUCGUCGUCGUCCGAGCUCCCGGCCGCUGCACCGCAGCAGUCCGCCUCGGCGCAGCAGUACGGUGCGCCGUCUUCGGCCCAGCAGGAGAGCUGGGGCAACAACUGCGCGGGCGCGACGCAGCAGUUCACGACCUGCAUGGACGAGAACAGCGGCAACAUGCAGAUCUGCGGCUGGUACCUGGAGCAGCUGGCAGCGGCGGCCCGUUACUAG